AUGUCGGAGGUCCAAAAGCUACCAGACGAGCUCCAACUUGCGACCGCAGCACACGUCAAGUACAUCCAAAGCUUAGAUACGAGGAAGGACGAAUAUAAUUACUGGCUGACCGAACAUCUUCGCCUAAACGGAUUGUAUUGGGGGUUAACUGCACUCCAUUUACUCCGGCAUCCCGAUGCCCUGCCUCGAAAUGAGACCAUAGAUUUUGUUCUCUCGUGCCAGCACGAAAAUGGUGGUUUUGGGGCUGCGCCCGGCCAUGACGCGCACAUGCUCUACACUGUCAGCGCCAUACAGAUCCUUGCUUUGGUUGAUGCCCUGGACGAGUUGGAGAAACGGGGUAAGGGUGAUGGCAAGGCUCAAGUGGGCAAAUACAUGGCAAACCUUCAGAAUCUAGAAACAGGUACAUUUGCUGGUGAUGAAUGGGGAGAGGAAGACACCAGGUUUCUAUACGGAGCUCUAAAUGCUCUCUCCCUCUUGGGCCUAAUGCAUCUCGUCGACGUCAACAAGGCUGUUGAUUUCAUUGCAUCAUGUGCUAAUUCCGAUGGCGGGUAUGGUAUCUGCCCUGGAGCCGAGUCCCAUUCCGGUCAGAUCUUCACGUGCUUGGCUGCCCUGUCUAUUGCUAAUCGCAAAGACUUGAUUGACGUCGAUAAGCUCGCGGGGUGGCUGAGUGAGAGGCAGGUUGCCUGCGGCGGUUUAAACGGGAGACCGGAGAAGAAGGAAGACGUAUGUUAUAACUGGUGGGUACUGAGCAGCCUCGAAAUGAUCGGACGAUCACAUUGGAUUGAUCGGGAGGAACUCAUCAAGUUUACACUAAGUUGUCAGGACACUGAACAUGGUGGCUUGUCAGACCGACCUGGCGACAUGGUUGACGUCUGGCACACGUUGUUUGGCCUCACAGGCUUGAGCAUGCUGAACUACCCUGGCAUGGAAGCUAUUGAUCCUGUGUAUUGUCUACCGAAGUACACCACAGAUCGCGUCUUCGGCAAAAGGGGUUGA